AUGGCUUCAAAUGGAUCUACAGAAGUGGCCUAUAGGACAAAUUUACCCCAACACCAGAAACACCAGGAACAACCUCUGCACACACAGAUACCAGCACCGGCACAAGCACAGACACCAGCACAUAAAUCAUCUUGCAAUAUAACAAUUACAAAUCCACACCAACAACCACCGCCCGAGGAAUUGGACACUGGUGUCUCCAAUGGCGACGUUGAUUGGUUGUUUAGAGGCAAGUCCAAGAAAUUGGUGAAAAAAUUGGCAAGUAACGCCAAUAAUGACACCAAGGAGACUACAAAACAAGCAGAAGAAACAACACCACCAACAGCAGGAGGAGCAGCAGCAACAACAACAACAACAACAGCAGGAGCAGCAGCAAAUGCUGAACAUAAUGAAAAGCCAACAGAAACACAGAAACAGAAACUGUUGCCAAGUAAUGCGUCUACCACCAAACCACCAAUUACAGAUGCAGAAAAACAAACUUUGUCUCUGGAAAACAACAACUACAACAACAACAACAACAACAACAGCAAGUCAACUAAGUACGGCGAGCAAAUACAAAAACCUACUGCGCCCACUGCAACAGCUAACGUAUCAUCAGCUAAUAAACUGGGUCAAGUGACAGGAAAUGCUCCACCUCAACCAGAAAAAACUUCAAAAUUAGACAGACUUAUCGGUCGCUCAAGAUCAUCGUCAACUUCUGCAGUGCCUUCAUCACAAGAGAAUAAAUCAAAACCCACAAUCAAUCCACAACAACCUAGCACAAACUCAUCCACCAAGAGGAGAAGCAGCAGCAGUUUCAAUUUUAUGGGCUCAGCUGCAAAAGAACAUGUUUACAAUGAUCACGAUGAAGGAAGAUUACCCUUGAAAUCAACAAAUUCGAUUUCUUCAACUUCAACUUCAACUUCAAAUACUUCAUCACCAAGUGUCUCACGCUCCAACAGCGGCAAAAAAGGUUUGUUUAGCUCACUUUCAUCAAAGUUCAAACCAACAUUGUCCAACAACCUGCAAUCACAACAGCAACAGCAACUGCAUGAAUCACAACAGCAACUGCAACAGCAACAGCAAUUGCAACCACCACCACCUCCACCACCACAACAACAACAACAUUCAUCACAUGCGUCCCCAAAACUCAACCCACACUUGAUCGGAUCUGCCUCGAACCCUAAAAAAGUCGAAGACCUAGUCUCAUUGACAAAUACCAGUCCCGCAGGAUCGGGAAUACCAAUUAAAAGACGUACAUCAAGUAGCUCAAAAGACGCAGGAACAAGACCAGUAUUUAAGGACUCAUUCUUGGACGAAAGCGCAAUAUCCACUACCCCACCAAAUGAUGGCUUGAAUAGGUUCUUUAGAAGGCGAUCUUCUGCAACUUCAGCAUCAUCAAAGUCAACAGCGAUGGGACACAAUGGCAACAACACUACAAAUCUCUCUCGCGUGAUAUUGAACAAGAACAAAACUAGGGUUGCCAUCCCAAUAAGAGAUCUUCAAGAUGUCAAGAUGCGGAGAGUCACCUUUGCCGUGGACAAACUUGACUAUGACCCACAACAACAGAUCCCAUCGAGAAGACCUAGAAAGGGUAAUGUACUAAUCCCACAGGACCUUAAUGCACCACCGCCACGAUUAUGUUUGGGCAUUGCUGCUGCUGCUGCCACAACAACAACAACAACAUCAACAGCCAAUGACUCAAGGGACAAACAGCAGCAGCAACAGCAACAGCAACAGCAGUAUAGUGAACGAGAAAUUGCACUUGCCUUGGAGGCGCAAAAGCGUGCCUUGUUAGAAGCCGAACGACAUCAACACGAGGCACACUUGCAAGCCAAAAAAAUUGCAAAUGAAGUUGCAAGUUUCAAACAUUUAAGAAGCGGUAAACUAAAAGAUACAGAGCUUGCUAAUGUGGCAGAGGCAGCUAAUGAAGAUGAGUCCAACAUGGGAAGAGGAUUAAAGGCACAACAAGAUGAAGAAGAUGCACAAGAAGAAGAACAAGAAGAGAUUGAGGUUGAUUCCAAAAUCUCGAAAAAGUUUGCUACAAAAGCAUCGAUUGAUCAACCAUUGCAUGUACACGAGCAGCAUUUUGAUGACGAAGAACAUACUUUGAAACAUGAUGGGUCUGGCGUAUCUCUAGAAACCGUAUACACCAGAUGUUGUCAUUUGAGAGAAAUAUUACCUAUUCCAGCAACUUUGAAACAACUCAAGAAUAAAAAAGCACCCUUGGAGAUUUUGAAAAUGCUCAACCCCAAGCCAACAUUAAUUGACGUUUUAUCGUUUGCAGAUUUUAUUGCUAUAACACCAAUCAAUGCAGUGAUUUUCGAUAACGUAACAAUGACAACAGAAAUGCUCAAAUGUUUUCUCGUAUCCCUUGUUCAUAGCAAGACUUUGGAAAAAUUGUCAUUAAGAAACGUUGCAAUAGAUUCACAAGGUUGGAAAUUGCUUUGUGCAUUUCUCGCAGAAAAUAAGACACUCAAGAAAUUGGACAUUUCGCAACAACGAGUUAAAUCAGAGACACCACAAGGAUCGAUUAGGGGCAAUUUAAAUUGGGAUUUGUUCAUCUCAGCAAUAAUGUGCCGUGGUGGCAUUGAAGAAUUGGUGAUUAAUGGCUGCAAAUUGUCGGACGAAACAUUUGAAAAAUUAAUCACAAAGGCAGUAUCUCUUGGCACUAGAAGGCUUGGCGUUGCCUCAAUUGCAAUGACGUUGACCAAGGCGCAAAUUGUGGCAGAUUAUAUCUCAAACCCUAAAGCUGGUUGUGUUGGUAUUGAUAUUGCAUGCAAUGAUUUAAGCGAAGGGCAAUUGCAACCAUUUAUUGAUGCAUUCAAUCAUAAAGAAGUCAACCUAAUGUUUCUCUCACUUCACUCUACCAAUUUGAGUGAUGUUAAAGAAGCAAAAAGAUUGUUCAAGAGUAUUAUUAACUUGAAGUUCUUGCGGUUCUUGGACAUUAGUUCUAUUCCAAAAAUUUUUCCCGACAUUAUCUCAUCAUUAGCUGAAUACAUUCCACUAUACUCAAGUUUACGAAGGCUUCACAUGGACUUGAACGAAUUAUCACCACAAGCAAUAGGUUCAAUUGCAAUGUUUCUUCAUAAGGUGCCUUAUUUGGUGCAUUUAUCACUUUUGGGUAAUCGUGAUUUAAAUCAUUCGGCUGCUGCCACUUUAUAUUCCGCUGUGAAGGAGUCCAAAACGUUGUUUGCACUAGAUCUCGACUAUGACUUGGUAAGUGACGACUUGUCUCAACGAAUUGCAUUUUACUUGAUGAGGAAUAUGAAUAGUACCAUGAGCUCACUGUACCAUAUUAGUUCUGAAGUCAAGGAUGAAGACUUGAUGUUUGAUGGCUCAUUAUUGAUGGAGACUGCUGAAAAGUUACUUAGUGAAGUCGAUCAUGAGGGCCACAAGGUCCAACAAGGCGGACAAGAAAAAGAGAAUAUCAAGAUUCAACAAAUCAUUUCCAAUGCCAUGCUCGAACGAACAAGAGCAGUUCGUAAAGAUAUCCACAAGACUAUCGAUACAUUGUUUCAAAAACGUAACCAAGGGCAAUUAUCAUUUGAUGGUAAGGAAACAUUAAUCAGGUUUUGUCUAUUAGAUUCGUCUUUGGAGAAAUUGGUGCUUAUGUUUGAAGAAAAUGCUCACAAAUGGGAAGGCAAGUCUUUUAGUGCUGAACAGACGCCGGAAAUACAAAUUUCGCAACUGGAAAAUGUGGGUCAAUUACUGUCACCAAUACCACAACCAACUCAUCAUCAACAACAACCACUACAACAACAACAACAACAGCAGCAGCAACAUAAUGAACUUCAACACCCAUUUCAACAUUUACAAGAAGCUCAUGAACUGUUGCAUCAUAAUUCAAGCGAGGUUAUUUCAGCUGGUCCCAUUUUGUCGCCUAUGGCGUCGCAAAUGCAGUCCAAUGCACAUUACUUUUCAAUUCCAAUUGGAGGUGACGAUAGUGGCACUGGCUAUGACAUCGGUAAUGUCAGCGGCAACACUAACGGCAAUACCAAUAACGUAAAUUAUAUGAACAAUACGAAUAAUUUUAACCUCCAGCCCCAUCAAGUGGUUGUAGAGUCCAAUGUGGACGGAAAGGAUGUUGUGGUUGACAGGAUCACGGGACGUCCAGUUUUGACCAAGACAAUUAGUCAAACUAGUUUACAUGCCAGAGAACAGGAAAUCGAGGAGGGUGAAUUCCACAAGCUCAAUUUUUUCAUACAACUGAGGAAUUCCGAAGCCAAUGCAGAGAAUGAUCUUACACGAGCUUCUGGCACAGAAGACGGUCAUGGUGGCGGAACUGGAGAUGGGGCAAAUGCAAAUGCAAGUGCUAGUGCUAGUACUAGUGCUAAUGCUCUUGCAGCACAUCAAAGUGAUUUGAGGCGCGAAAUCCCACUUUUGAGUCAAUUACCUUCUGGUCCCGAACUACGCGAUGCCAUCAUUAAAGCAAAAGGUAUUGAUAAUGUCAAUGAGUUGAUCAACAGAAUCAACAACAAAUCAGGUGUAGAGGGUAACAAACCCAUCACCUCAGAGAUUAAGGAAAAGCCUAGGCAUGCUGAAGACCCUCCAUCCGAUGAAGCCUAUUCGAUCGACUCCGGCUCAACUCACAAUAAUCCAGAUCCUGUUGUUGAUGAGGUUUAUGAUAAACUAUUGAAUGACGCAGAACGAGUGCGUCUGAACAAGUAA